AUGUCUGGACUGGAAGGCCUAGGUAUCGUUGCAAACGUCAUUGCCGUAGUCGACCUGUCUCUCAAGGUUAUCUCGUGGUGUUCCAAGUAUGCCAAAGACGUCAAAGAUUCCAGCGACGGCCGUGCCCGUCUCCUACAGGCAGCUAUCACCUUGCAUUAUGAGUCCGAAAAGAUCCGCCAUCUUCUCACUGGCAAGAAUGGCAGCAAACUGAAAGCUUCCCAGAAGCUUGCGCAUGCUAUGGGAAGCAGCGAGGUUCAGUUACGUGAGCUCGAAAGUCUAUUAUCUGACAAGACCAACUGUUCAAGCCUCAGAUGGCCGCUGCGGAAGGAAAAGGUUGAAAGCGCCAUUCGAAACAUUGAGAAUGCAACAAAAAACCUAUUAGAGGUCCUUCAGAUUGACACGGCAGGUAUUAUCCUUGAUAUUGAUGACAGGACAGAAGCUGGCCAGCGAAGAGCAGUAAUCGACCAGUUGCCCUACGUUGGUGAUGCAGUUUGGGACUCACAUGCAGAGGAACAUAACGCGACAUGUCUGGAGAACACCCGCAAGGAUAUUCUACGGGAGAUCAAAGAAUGGGCCGAAGACAAAACUGACCAGUCGAGGACGGUAUUCUGGCUGAACGGCAUGGCGGGCACUGGAAAGUCCACUAUCUCACGCACAAUUGCCCGCUCCCUAUCAGAGGCCGGGAGAUUGGGCGCGUCCUUUUUCUUCAAACGUGGCGAACUGAACCGAGAGAAAAUAUCCAAAUUCGUCCCUACCAUUGCGCGUCAACUUGCGACGAACCGGCCGGCGCUCGAGUCUUAUAUCUAUAACGCGGUCCUGCAUGAUCCAACUAUUGCGAGCAAAGCCGUCAGGGUUCAGUUAGAAAGACUUAUUCUGGAGCCCCUCUCUCAAAAUGCAACUGAGACUCAGGUUACAAAGCCCAUCACUAUUGUCGUCGACGCACUGGAUGAAUGCGAGUCUGAUGAUGAUAUUCAUCUCAUCAUUAACCUGGUUUCUCGCACAAGGGACAUAAAGCAACCGCGAACUAGAAUAUUUGUAACGAGUCGCCCUGAUCUUCCGGUUCGUCUAGGCUUCAACGAUGUGCAAGGAACUUAUCAAGACCUAGUCCUCCACGAGAUACCCGCUCAAGUAAUAGAACACGACAUAUCGACAUUCUUGACCCACGAAACAAAUCUGAUUAAAAAAAGAUGGGAUUCUUCGAUUGCUGAGGGGCGUAAGCUGCCUGACGACUGGCCUGGAAACGCCACCAUCCAGCUCCUCGCAAAAAGGGCAGCGCCCCUCUUCAUCUUCGCCGCAACUGUAUGCCGUUUCAUAACUGACCGGAGGCAUGGCAGCCCCGACGAGCAGCUCCAAAGGUUCCUGGAAUCUUCGGCUGAGGACACCUCGUCUCGGAUGGAGCUUACUUACGGGCCAGUCCUUGGUCAGCUGUUUGGUUCGCGUUGUUCCAAACGCAAGAAGGAGACGAUCAUUCACGAAGUCAAGCGAAUCGUCGGUACCAUCAUCAACCUCGCCAUCCCUCUAUCAUCAUCCGCACUGUCGAGACUCAUAAGAAUUGAACAGAAGACGAUUGAUGUCAGGCUGGAUUUUCUCCAUUCGGUUCUCAGCAUCCCUUCCUCUUCUUAUGAACCCAUUCGAAUGUUUCAUUCAUCCUUUCGUGACUAUCUGAUGGACCCAGACAUAGAAGGGAAUCCUUUUCAGAUUGAAAAACAGAACUUGUCAAGAGAUUUAGUUGGAGACUGCUUCCAAGCGAUGGAGAGCCUUAAAACCGAUGUCUGUCACCUGGGGAUGCCAGGUGUGCUCCGUUCGACACUACGGCCCGAGGUUAUCGACCAAUGUCUACCCCCGGAGGUUCAAUACGCAUGCGCCUACUGGAUAGAUCACCAAAAGGCUGCAGGAAUUGCCCCCGGAGAUGCCGCUGCCAUCCUCAGCUUUUUGGAGAAGCAUCUGCUUCACUGGUUUGGGGCCAUGAUCUUACUAGGCAAGGUCUAUUUGAUCACCGGCCUAAUCAGGAGUCUCAAAUCUGUGCUGGAAAGAAAGUCUGCUGUUGACGUAAAGUUGAUCGAUUUCCUUGACGAUGCAAUAAGAAUCGUUGACAAAGAUACCGAAAUGAUCAACCUAGCACCCUUGCGGAUAUAUCACUCGGCUUUAGUGUUUGCGCCUACGAACAGCAUCGUCAGAAAGACCUUUGUCGCCGAAAUGCCAGCUUAUUUGAGAGGCGUGGCAGGCAGAAGAGCCGACUGGGAUCCACGCCUACGUUCGUUUGAGAACCCUAAGUCUAGAGAGUGGCACUACGGAGAUAGGCGCUCGACCGUGUUCUCACCCGACUCUGAAGUAUUGCAUUCUGUCUCCAGUGGAAAGUAUGUCAGAGCCUGGAGAUGCGAGACAGGCGAAUGCAUCGAGGAGCUCGAGAUAGAAAACAACUCUCGGAUGGCUCUUUCUCCCAAUGGAAAAUACCUAGCAGUGACUACCCCCGAGCACAAGAUAAGCCUAUCCUCGGACACAACAGCACAUUUUCUAGAGCCAACACUAGACACAGCUUUGGGUGAUUUAGCCUUCUCACGAGACUCCGCAUUACUAUGGGCAUGCUCAAUCGAGGGACAGGUGAGAGCCUGGGAUGUGGCAACGGGGGAUUGCGUGAGAGAUCUUAAAUGUCCAUGGGUCAGGGAAACUGACCCCGAAUCUCAUGAAGACUACGAGUGUCAGUUCGAAUUCUCACUGGAUCAUUUCACUGCUCUGCUUGUUUCAGACUAUGCUAAUGCGCAUGUCUGGUUUCUUGAACAUGGUGAUGGUGAGAAAUCCUUUGACAUCGCGCUAUCAAACGGUGCCUGGCAUAUGCCCAGUGGCUUCUCACCAGAUGGGAAAGUAUUAGCUGCACCUUCAGAACGAGAUGUAAUAAUGAAGAUCUGGGAUCUCCAGACACGCCAGUGUGUAUGGAAGCUGAAGCUGGAGGAGAAGAAUGGCUGUCAGAUAAUGGACUUUGUCUUUUCUCCAGACUCGCGCCUCCUGGCGAUAGCUUAUGGCAACAAUUCAAUAUUGGUCUGGGAUAUUCGGAGUGGUAAGUCCUCAGCAAGACUCAACAUCGGGCGGCACCUCUCCCUCCCUAGUCUUUCAUUCUCACCCGACAUGAACUUUCUCCUUCUCAAAAGUAAGGGAAAUGGUUGGUCACGCAGCAACAUUGAAGUGUGGGACUUGAUCGCAGAAGCCUGUGUGACAAUGAUGCGAUGCCAUGAGGACGAUGAUAUAGACCAUACUUUAUUUUCUCCGGAUGGGCAGACAUUUGCUUCUGUGCGAAAAGGUGGCGGUAAAAUACAGUUAUGGGACUGGCCAAGCCUCCUCAAAGAGCCUCCAGAGGACUCAAAGGAAACGACGUCAGUCAUUCUGUCGCAUGAUGCAUCGACAGUAGUAGCGUUAUACGAAAAGAACGAACUGAGAGCAUAG